AUGGCUUCGCAAGCAGACUACAAGGACAGGCAGUUCCUAGCCGUUAUCGGUGACGAGGACUCGGUGACGGGACUGCUGCUAGCUGGCAUAGGUCAUGUGACGAACCCGCCCGACUCGCAGAAGAACUUCCUUGUCGUUGACAACAAGACCGAGACCUCGGCUAUCGAGGCUGCCUUUGACUCCUUCACAAAAGAGCGCAAGGAUAUUGGCAUAGUCCUGAUCAACCAGCACAUUGCGGACAAGAUCAGGCACCGCAUCGAUACUUACACGGCCGCCUUUCCUACAGUCCUCGAAAUCCCAAGCAAAGAGCAUCCCUAUGACCCAGAGAAGGACAGUGUGCUGCGGAGAGUCAGACGUUUGUUCGGAGAGUAG